ACAACAAGGAAGCCAGCGGUGGAAUCUUUUAUCUCCAAGAGGGGCUGACGGAGGAAUUGACUUUGCACAAUCCAGGUUGGUCGUGAUGGAAGAAGGCAGCCUAGGCACUUUGCAGCAGAGAGCUGCCGAACUGGAGCACAUGGCUGAAGUCCUGUUGACAGGGGAGCAGCUGCGGCUCAGACUGCAUGAAGAAAAGGUAAUUAAAGAUCGAAGGCAUCACCUCAAGACGUAUCCAAACUGCUUUGUUGCCAAAGAGCUGAUUGACUGGCUGAUUGAUCACAAGGAGGCCUCAGAAAGGGAGACCGCAAUUAAGCUUGUACAGAAAUUAUUGGAUCGCAGCAUAAUCCACCAUGUGUGUGAUGAACAUAAGGAAUUCAAGGAUCUUAAACUUUUCUACCGCUUCAGGAAAGAUGAUGGAACGUUCCCACUUGACAAUGAAGUGAAGGUGUUUAUGAGAGGACAAAGGAUAUAUGAGAAACUGAUGAAUACUGAAAAUGCUCUUUUACAAGCCAGAGAAGAGGAAGGCAUGAAGUAUGAACGUACUUUUGUGGCAUCUCAGCUUAUCGAUUGGUUGAUCCAGGAAGGAGAGGCCAGCACAAGGCCUGAAGCGGAACAACUAGCCCGACGGCUGCUGGAGCAUGGAAUUAUACAGCACGUGUCCAACAAACAUCAUUUUGUAGACAGCAACCUACUCUUCCAGUUCCGAAUGAAUUUCCGUCGGAGGAGAAGGUUGAUGGAGCUGCUUGCUGAGAGGUCUCGCUUGAUUCCAGAGAGUCACGACAGUCCCUUUUGCCUGCGCAAGCAGAAUAACGACAACAAAAAACACGCCAGUUUCCUCUCCGUGAGCCCCUCCAAGGAGAUAAAGAUCAUCUCAGCAGUAAGGAGGAGCAGCAUGAGCAGUUGUGGCAGCAGCGGAUAUUUCAGUAGCAGCCCAACCCUCAGCAGCAGCCCCCCAGUCCUGUGCAACCCCAAAUCCGUGUUAAAGAGACCGGUGACUGCUGAUGAACUUCUGAUGCCCGGGGCUCCAUAUGCCAGGAAAACCUUCACAGUUGUAGGCGAUGCUGUCGGGUGGGGGUUUGUUGUGCGUGGGAGCAAGCCUUGCCACGUUCAAGCCGUGGAUCCCAGCGGCCCAGCAGCUGCAGCAGGAAUGAAGGUCUGCCAAUUUGUGGUUUCAGUGAAUGGGCUCAACGUUCUCCAUGCAGACUACAGGGCAGUGAGCAAUCUCAUCCUGACUGGCCCUCGGACCAUCGUCAUGGAAGUGAUGGAGGAAAUAGAGCCCUGAGAAGGGCGUUUCAUCUUCUCAUCUUGCCCCGGAUUUGGACACUGUACAGACAACAUCGAUGUUAUACAAGGGGAUAAGUUCGUGCCUUUUCCUAAGUCAAUUGAUUUGCUUCUUGGUUCUUUCCUCCCUUCUUAACAGCAAUAGCUGCUUUGGCGAACAUGCUAAAGAUGCAUUCGUGGCUUGUGCAAAUUGAAAAGAUGAGAUGCCAAAACUGACUUGUGCCGUCCUUGCUGCUCAGUGGUUGAGCGGCACAUUGUGGACAUACCCAGUUCAGGUGUUUUGCACCACCGAGGAAUGUGAUUUCCAGUGCAAGUAUCUGCAUCAUGUCAGGAACCAUGUCUCGGCGGGGUUCUGCCAUGCCGUCUCGCCUCUUGUUUAACUCAUACUUUUAAUCCCGUUGUUAAAAGACAGA